AUGCGCUUGAAUGGGAUUCCAGUGUUCGGACGGCAGUGGACGGUGUAUCGCGGCCAGGCGUACGACCUGGCACCCUGGUUCGGCCGUCACCCGGGCGGCGGCUGGCUGGCGAGGCUGGCCGUCCACAGGGACUGCACCGCCCUGCUGGAGUCCAACCACGUCCGCGUGGACAGGGCGGCGGCGGCCCUGGAGUCCCUGCCUCGCCUGCCCGACUUCCCGGCCUGGGCCGUGCCGAGCCUGGUGGCAGCGGGCGCGGCGCUGCUGGCCGCGGCCGGCGCCUACGCCUGGCACUGCCGCGCCUGCUCGCUGGCCUCCGGCUGCCUGCUGGGCAUGGCGGGGGCCUGGGUGGGCACGGCGGUGCAGCACGGCGGCAACCACGGCUCCAUGAGCCGACGUCCCGGGAUCAACCUGGCGGCGGGGGCGGCGGCAGACCUCAUCGGCGGCGCCUCCGUCGCCUGGAGGUACCACCACCAGGUGUCCCACCACGUGCACUGCAACGACGCUGAGCUGGACGAGGACGUGGUCAGCGCGUACCCCCUGCUCCGCUUCGACGCAAGGCUGCCGCGGCGCUGGUUUCAUGCCUACCAGCACAUCUACAUGUGGGGCGUAUUUGCCCUGCUCCAGCUGGCCUUCCAGACGGGCGACGUCGCCACCCUGCUGGCCCGGCGUAUGCCUGGGAGGCCUCUGGCAGGCGCGGCAGCCUGGGAGCUGGCUGGCGCCUGGGCGGGCAAGGCGCUGUACUGGGCCCUGCUCCUCGCGAUCCCAGCCCGCCUGCAGGGCUGGGGCGCAGCCGCGGCCGGCGCCGCCGCCUGCAUGGCGGUCCAGGGCCUGACCCUGGCCGUCCUGCUCGGCGUGUCGCACAACGUGGCCGCCACCAAGAGAGACUCGACCCAGGGCGCUGGGGCGGGCGAGGACGCAUCGGACUGGGGCCUGCGCCAGCUGGCGACGUCCGCGGACUGGGGCGGGCGCCGGGCCUGCCUGCUGACGGGAGGCCUGAACCUGCAGGUGGCGCACCACCUCUUCCCCACCCUGCCGUCGGCCCUGUACCCGGCCAUCACCGCCAUCGUGCGGGAGGAGGCGGCGGCGAGGGGCUUGCCCUACGUGCACUGGACCUCCCUGCCGGCCAUCAUGGCGCACCUGGUGGCGUUCAUGCGCGAGGUGGGCGUCGCGGAGCAAACCCCGGCGCCGAAGCGGGCCCCGGCCUGA